UCCCUCCCCCAAGAAAGAAAAAACAGGACUGAAACAGAUGUAUCGGUAGGUAGUGGAAAGGCUUGAGAAUCAGUCAGACUCCAAAGCCCAUAUCUUCUGAUUUAUUUGACUUUAUUGAACAUACUCAUGUCAACGUUCAACCGUAUAGACUUAAAUAUUUUGGACACUGCAGUCUUGUCAUCAUUCGGGACCAUAUGCUGACAAAACCGAGGGCAAGAAAAAAAGAAAGGAAACGGCAGUUCUCGAGGUUGCCUGCGCCGGAAGACGUCGGGCUCGGGGGCCAGCUAAUAGUAACUGGAGGAUAUUCACACUCAACGUGACAGUGCUGACUAAUUAGACGCAGAAACUGAGGAUAAUCUCAUCUGGCGCCACGGAAAGCCGAGACAAUCUCCUGGGUGGAAGAAAGAAGGCUGGUGCGAAAACCCACUACGGCGACAUUUGAUUGAAAACCCGCGUGAAUAUCUACCCACAGCCCAGAGACUUUUAAGGAUGAACCAUUUGUCCUUUAGCGAGCUAUGCUGCCUGUUCUGCUGUCCGCCGUGCCCCAGCAAAAUCGCCUCCAAACUGGCCUUUUUGCCUCCAGAGCCAACCUACACCCUCAUGUGUGAUGACAGUGGCAGCAGAUGGACCCUGCAUCUCUCAGAGCGAGCUGACUGGCAAUACUCGUCCCGGGAAAAGGACGCCAUCGAGUGCUUUAUGACACGCACCUCAAGAGGGAACCGCAUUGCUUGCAUGUUUGUCCGCUGCUCACCUAAUGCCCGCUACACUUUACUGUUCUCUCAUGGGAAUGCGGUGGACUUGGGACAGAUGAGCAGUUUCUACAUUGGCCUGGGUUCACGCAUCAACUGCAACAUCUUUUCUUACGACUAUUCUGGCUAUGGAGCCAGUUCUGGAAAACCGUCAGAGAAGAACCUGUAUGCAGAUGUGGAAGCUGCAUGGCAUGCACUUAGGUCAAGAUAUGGCAUCCGCCCAGAGAACGUGAUCGUGUAUGGACAAAGCAUUGGCACUGUCCCCUCUGUGGAUCUAGCAUCCCGGUACGAGAGCGCCGCAGUCGUCCUCCAUUCCCCGCUCACCUCUGGCAUGAGAGUGGCUUUCCCUGACACCAAGAAGACCUACUGCUUUGAUGCUUUUCCAAACAUUGACAAGAUUUCCAAGGUCACAUCACCAGUCCUUGUGAUCCAUGGUACAGAGGAUGAGGUCAUUGACUUCUCCCACGGCCUAGCUCUUUACGAACGCUGCCAGCGCCCAGUGGAGCCGCUCUGGGUUGAAGGAGCCGGACACAAUGAUGUGGAGCUGUAUGGACAGUACCUGGAGAGACUCAAACAGUUUGUGGCUCAUGAGCUCGUCAACUUGUAGUGGUUGGAUAUGAGAAGAAAUGCAGGAAGAGUUCAAGAUUAAGGAUGGACAUGGGGGGGUGACUUUUUUUUUCCUACUAAAUGGUGGAGGAGGAGUUGGUGUUUGUCUGUGUAGAACUGAUUUCAAAGGUGAAUAAGAGCUGACUUGCUUCCUUGUCACACCAGUUUUCUUCUGGACCUGCCUGUCAUCUGCUCCACACCCCACAGCUAUUAAUCCAUUAAAGACCAUCUUUUUUUUUUGUUUUUUUUACUUUUUUCUUUAUGCUGAUAUGUGCAAGAUGUUUAAUAUUUUGAGCUCCUUUUGGGGUGAUUUUCUUUUUCUUUUCUUCCUGCUGCCUUUUUGAGAAGGAUAUGAUGUACAUUUGCAUGCGAUUAAGCUCUAGGGAGCUCAUGAGGCUCCAGGAAACGGCCUUUCUGCAGACUACUUGGUUAGACAAACUGAAGUUUUGAUUCAGCUUUGAUUCUGCACACUUUUUUCCCCCUUUUUUUGACAUCUAUUUAUACUAAUUUUUAGUACAAAAAUGCACACGUGUCUUGUUGCAGGAGAGCUGUUUAAGGCAGACUGAAACAUUACUUAGCUGUGCCAGUGUUGCCAAAUGUUUGUUAUAUCAGACAUGCACACGAAGAAGUGCACUUUAACAAUUGACAUCUAAAAAUAUCGUCAAAGCUGUGUUGGGUCUACUCAUUGUCAACAUCUCUGUUUAGAUUGUAAGUGUUACCUUCUGAAAGACUCUAAGGCUCCUGUAAAGACUUAACUAUAAAGCCAGUAGAGUGUGGGUUUUCCCCUUAGACUGUUGAAUAAUCACCAGUUAUUCUUGACAUAUUGUUGUAGAAAUAUUAUCAGUGCACUGUAGUUGAUGAACUGUCAGAAAAUGCUGGGCACUUUUGCAGAUGAAAUAUCUGACCCAAUCAAAUACAAGUAUUUAUGUAGGCAUAGUGACAAUUAUUAAACCCUGUCUUAUAUCAUUUUUACUUUCAGUCUAAAAUAUGAAGUAAAAUCAUCAAUGUAACCAUCAUAAAAAUGAUCAUCAUGAAUCCGACCUUUGUUGAUGUCAUUGAUGAGAUAAAAAGCAAUUCUACUGUGGCAGCCAUCUUGGAAAGAAUAAAAACCCUUGAUGCCAAACACGAUGAGUGAUCUUUAGGAUCGCCUCUCAUUUCAACUCAACUUUCAGCUCAGCUGUUUAAACAAAUGUCAGUAAUAUUUGGAGUCAUUUUAUCUCUGUGUAUUUGAACUGCAAAAGGAAUUGGGUUUAGCUAGAGCCAACAGACCAGUGAGAUGUAUCCCUGAGCGCCUCAGAACUUUACUUUUUUUAUACCCUUAACAGUUUUUUCAAUAAGAUGAUGCAUGUUUGUACCUCUGUAUAUUCAAGGAAAGAGAAAAAGUGGUUAUACCAACUGUCCAUGCUCCGAAAUGUCAAAUAAUGACUUCCAGCUUAUAAAAUUAUAGAAUGUUAUCGAAAAUAUCAAUUUCCUGCUAAUUUUAUUAUUUUUUAGUACCUUUAAAACUAACUUGCACCUGUGUCCACAUAAAAUGAAAUACUUUAAUACAAGUCGGCUGGUGCUGCUAAAAACCAUUUCUGUUGUGCUGAUUUGAAAUAAGGAAAAAUGCAUUGCUGCUGAUCUGGAGAUCAAGAACAGGAUUGGUAAUUCCUGGUAACUCAGGUGAUUGCUAGAAACUCUUUUGCCUUACAUUUAAGUUAUUCCUCAGUUAUUAAUGUUUUGACUUAAAUAUACACAUAAACACUUUCAUGAUGAAUAAUUGUUUACAGGCUUUAAAAAACUCUUUUGGUUGAACAAUUUGUCUCCUCUAAGGCUUAUAUCUCCAGUUAUUUAGAACACACUUUGUACUGGCCACAUCCAGUGUCAUUUCAGAUGGCUUUUAUAGCAUUAUGCAUUAUGAAAGAACUAUGUAAUACAGCGUAUCUCUAACCAACAAAAAAUAAAUAAAAAUUGUAUUGACAAACUGUUCAA